AUGGCCAUGUCUUCCGCGCGAAGACUUUCGGUCCUUUUCUGCUGCCAAGUCUUCUCCAUCAGCGGCUUCAAAUCCUGGGCUGAUGUGACAGAGUCGUGUUUAACUUUGCUGAAUGAUGGUGGUUGGCAUUAUGUGCGAGUCGGAGUUGGGACCCCGCCGCAAAGCCUGGAUCUCUUGGUGGAUACAGGACACUCGGGCACCAUCGUGAAGGACUGUCGCGCGAUGCGAGGUGACACCAAGAAGACCAAGUGCUUCACAGGUGAGAAGUCAACGACCUAUGAACUGGGAGGGCACCAUAUCAAGCUCGAAUUCGGCAGCGGGAACAUCUUUGGUCAGCUGGGGACGGAUGUCGUUGUUGUCGGCAAGUCCAAGGCACUGAUGUCAGAAGGUGUGGUCUUCUGGCACUCAAGCAAAGGUGAAGCUUUCGAGCAUGCGCCGCUGGAAGGUAUCUUGGGCCUCGGCCUGCCACAGGGGAAGGACUCUGCUUUGGCCGGUUCCUCUUGGCUGGCUGCUGCAUCCAUUCAGCGCUUUUCGAUGUGCUUCUCCGGCGCGGAGGAAGGUGGCAUCUUGCGGCUCAACCCUCCGGCUGCGAAAAUGAGGCUGGGAAACAUCGGAAGGCCCGCCAACUACUGGGCCUUGAACCUUCAGGGCGUCUCCAGCGGUGACGCAAAAGCAAAGGUGGCCCCGUGCGGUGGGGAGAAGAGCUCGGACGCCGCCUGUGCCCUCAUUGUUGACUCGGGAACCCAGAUGAUUACAGCGCCGCGUGCCCAGCUGCCGGAUAUCUACUCCUCCAUCUGCGACGCGUGGCCACGGUGCAAGCAGCUCAUGGGGCAGCGGAAGUCCUCGGCUCCCGAGUCGGAGAUCAAGAUGGACAAACUGAAGGCGGUCGAAUCUUUGCUAGAAGGAUGCCAGGGGCAGGAAUGGGCGACUGAUGCAGCAGCUUUGAACAAGGAGCUGCCUCCGCUGUAUUGGCACGUUGGAGCCGGGGGUCAGACUGAGACGCUGAAGCUGGCAGCCAGCAGCUACGUUGUGUUGAUUGACUCCGGGGACAAGAGCGGCCCCCUUUGUUAUCCUGGAAUUCAACAGAUGGACAUACAGCUCGACGCCCUGACUGGACCACUCAUCAUCAUUGGCACCCCCCUGUUCAACGAGUAUGAGGUGCAAUUCGAUCUGUCGACUGACACCAUCUCCUUCUCCCCGUCUUCGUGCGGGUCGACAGCUCAGAUGCUUUCCGUGGGUUGA